AUGGGCUUACAGAAAGAGGGUCCCCAGGAGCCCCAAAAGGAGAAGCUGCAGCUCAUAGCAGUCAGAAUAAUUCAGAAGGCCUGGAGAAGAUAUGUGUACAGAGAAGUCUUCAGGUAUUUCAAAGAGUUGAUCAAACAAUGCAACCAGCGGGAUCCACAGAGCGUCCUCAAAACUGUCAAUCCUCGUGAGGCAGAACUGCUGGAUGCUGCUGCUGGGGUGAUUAUUAGAUUUCGACUUGGAGGGAUCACCUUUCCUCCCAACAUCUAUUACAAGAUCUUUACCCAUCGGCCCGUUGUAGACGUGUGUGCCAGCAGCCCAAAGGACUACACACAGCCAAGCAUGAAGAAGCCUGUGGCCCGGCAGACAAACAAUGGCUGGCCUCUUCUGCAGGAGGACCGAUCGGGGUGGUACCAACGCAUGGAGAACAACAGCUGGAGACUGUUCUGUAGUAAGGUGGUUCCUGAGGGCGAGCCCGCUGAGAUCGGUGCAAACAAAAAAAUGAGCUUUCAUCAUUCCAAGUUGCAGCGGAAGCAAGAUGUAGACAAGUGGAGGAAAAGGAGGAAAAUUGAUUGGCUUAUGCACAUGUAUGAUGAGGGACGUCUGCAGGCUCGUCCAGUACAUCGGCACAUGGCAGCCCUGGUGGGGACGUCAGCCCAGGAAGUGAUGGACACCAUUGAAGAGAAGGGGGACGAUGAGAUACUUGAAUGGGAGCUGGAUGAACUCCUGGCCUGGACAAACACUCUCAACUUUGAGGAGUAUAUACAGGAGUGGAGACAUUUGGCCUGUAGUCACUCCUAUGAGCAGAGCAAAGGUGAGCCUUCAUCUCCUCCUAGACUACAUCCACAUGACUAUGCUGAUAUUGCUGAUGAAGACAGUUUGGUUGACCUCACAAACAAGUGUAAUAAUGUCCAAUUCUAG